AUGGUUAAUACUCCAAGUGGGAGUAUGUUUGUGAGGAGUAUUGAUGGUUCGAGCUACAUGAAGACCGGAUUGAAGAUAUUUGAGUUGUUGGACUCAUUUGUUCAAGAGAUAGGAGAAGAAAACGUCAUGCAAGUUUUGAGUGACAAUGGUAGCAAUUAUGUCUUGGCAGGAAAAUAUUUAGAGGAAAAAUAUCCUAGACUCUAUUGGACUCCAUGUGCUGCACAUUGCUUGGAUUUAAUGUUAGAAGACAUAGGAAAGUUGUCUACUGUUAAGAGGGCCAUAACAAGAGGACAAUUUCUUGUUGGAUUCAUCUACAACCAUACCAUAACCCUUAACAUAAUGAGGACGUUUACCGAAGGAGCUGAAUUGAUUAGGAGUGGAGAUACAAGGUUUGCAACAACAUUUCUCACGCUUCAAAGAUUGUAUAAACUAAAGAACAAUCUUAGAAGAAUGUUUGUAUCAGAAGCAUGGUUGAACACAAAGACAUCAAAAGAGGUUAAGGGGAAAAGGGCAUGUGUUGUUGUUCUCAUGACAUCAUUUUGGAAUGAUGUUCUAUACUCUCUUAAGGCAAUGAGGGCGAUUGUGACAGUUUUAAGAUUAGUUGAUAAUGAGAAGAAGCCGGCAAUGGGGUACAUAUAUGAGGCAAUGGAUAGGGCAAAGGAAAGUAUAGCAAAAUCUUUCAAUGGUAUUGAGAGUAAGUACUCUGAUAUUUUUAAAAUCAUAGAUAGUAGAUGGGAGUGCCAACUCCAUCGUCCAUUGCAUGCUGCUGGGCAUUUCCUUAACCCACAACACUUUUACAAUGAUCCAAACAUUGGCAAAGACACAGAAGUGACAGAUGGGCUCUUUGCUUGCAUUCAAAGGCUUUCAAUAGAUGAAAUAGAGAAUGACAAAAUUCUAUCUCAGAUUGCUUUGUAUCGGAAGGCGAGUGGCACAUUUGGCAUGCCUUCUGCAGUUAGAAUGAAGGAAACAAUGUCCCCUGUGUUGAGCCUAACAUGCAGCUCAUCGGGAUGUGAGCGUAAUUGGAGUACUUUUGAGCAAAUUCAUUCUAAGAAGAGAAGCAAGCUAGAGCAUCAAAAGCUACAAGACUUGGUUUUUGUGAAGUACAAUCAAGCUCUUUUAGAACGCUUCAAUAGCAAUGAUUUAAUUGAUCCUAUUCUCCUCAACAAUAUUGAUGAAUGUUAUGAAUGGUUGCAACAAAAUGAGGAUAAAAAUGGAAUAUUGGAAGAUGAUUUGGUUUUAGGAGAGGAGGGUUUGACUUGGGAAGUUGUUGGUAAUGCCAUUGGGGCUAAUGAACCAACAAGAGUUACUAGGCAUAGACUUGCUACAUUAGUAUCUAAUGGAGAUGAGGAGUUGGAGGUAGAAGAAGAAGUGUUUGAAAUUGAAUCAAGUGAUGAGCAAGAUGAUAUUAAUGUGGUGGAACUUAGAAGUGAAGAUGAGGCGGAUGUGAUUUAG